CCUUUCCAACGACGUAUCACGCCGACUUUGUGAGACGGGUUCCAUUGACGUAAUUUCCGUGCGUAACACAGGUAAUGGGUAGCUUUACGCACUUGAUUCUUUGAGCGGGUUGUUUUGGAGAUGUCUUUCCGGUUGUGUUUUUUUUGCGUUGAAUUAUAAUAAAUAUGGCGCAGAAGCGGAAAUUCGUCGUUUUGGAAGUUUCAGAAAGUAUUCGGUGUAGCACCGAGUGGUGUUGAGAUCGACGAGUCUCAAAGCAGUGUGGAGUUUGAAGUGGAGGAGGAGGAGGAAGAAAACGAGGAAUCUCUUCUUGUGAACCCCGUUCAUGAUGGUGCGGUGUGAUGUUGCUCCAGGUUCUCCUCACCUUCCCUUGUUUCACUGCGUGGGACACCACGUCACGGCUGCCCGUCUCCAGGCCUCGACUCUCUGAGGAGAUGCACCCAAGUCUGUUAUGUUCUCCCCAUACUUGCAUUUCUCAUCUCGUCGCUGAAUCUCACCGAAAGCUGACUAGAAGUAAAAAUGAGCGACGCAGCGUCAGAGAUGGUUCCAGAAAAGGGUAUAGCAAAGGUUGAGCAACAGGAUGGUGCUGCUGGGCAAGAUGAGCACGUCUCCUCCAACAAUCUGCAGGAGGAAGGUGAGGAAGGGAGCGGCGUAACGGAAAAAGAGGCACAAGCGAAGAUGAUGUCUGUUUUCGAGCAGGUGCGUUACCAGAUCAGAUCACAGGGGGGGUUGAAAGCCCCAAAGAGCAGCAUACUGGAGCUGGUGUCGAAAAUCAAAGACAUAGAAACAGCGACCGAGCAGACAAACAGCCAGUCUGGUGGCAAUGGUGUGGAUGCAGAGGAAGAAAAAGGAGCUGAGGCUGUAAAAAUUGACUGCAAAGAGGAAACAGAUUUAAGGUUGGAGACGUUGAGUAAAAUGUUUGAGGAAAAACUGGAAGCUAGUAAGAAUCUGCUAAGAGAUGAGUUUGAAGCUCAGAUAUCUGCAGUGCGUAAUGAAACGCGGGCCUACACGGAUCAGACCCUGAAAGACCUGGAGUGUAAGAUGACAAGCGGUCCACCUGGUGGUCUCCGGCCGACACGCUCCAAACUGCAGCAAGAGGGCGCCGACGCCGAGACAAAGCGGAGGGCAUCUGCAGCGCCAUCGCUGGCUUCCAGGCGAGGAAAGGUGCUGACCAGGACCCUGACCACCACCCUCAUUCCCAAGACGUCUGCUCCCAUCAUCAUCAGUGGCUCGCACGGCAAAUCGAAGAGCUCCCCGAAGGGUCAAAGUUCACUGGGGAGAGAUCACGUGCUGUCGCUGUCAGGGAACAAGUCCUACCAGGGCCGCAGUCCUCUGCCCCCGGCUCAGCCGCUCCUGCAUCAGCGCAAGAAGUCCGUUCAGGCAAAAUGUAAGACGGGAAACUGACUUUGCUUGGGAGACAACGCUACGCCUCAUGAGACACACAAAUCAAGGCCGACACCCUUAUGUUUGAAUUAUGUUGAUUAGUUUCAUGUUUUUUGGUAUCGAAACAUUGUAACCGAGAAUAUGUUUAUAAUAAAUUGUCUUGGAAAAAUA